GAGGACAAUACCGGGGAGACGACGAUAGGGGGCAGCACUUCUCAGAUUCAUUUGUUAACAACCACUUUUGAACGCCGAGAAGAAGGAGAAAAACAACAAGUCUGUUAAGAUGGAGGAAAAACCUGCCUGAUAAUUUUGGAUAACACAUAUUUAUAUAAAAAAAAGAAAGAAAAGAAAGAAAAAAAAGUGCAGUUAUGACGCAAACUCCAAAACAGUGAUUUCAGUGUUAGCCUGAUAUGUAGCUGCAGCUCCAGCUCUCAUUACAGCGGAUAAUUAAGACAUAACAUCAGACACUAUGUCUGAAUCGGCAUGUGAGCCCAUUCACUCCACAAAUGAAACCAGCAGCCAAAUGACACAAUGGGAAAAUGGCUCAGCCUCUCUUAAUCUAAUAAAGAAAGCAGUGGUGGUCUUGACCAGACUGCCCGAUUAUAAGAUCAGCGCCCUGCGACCGCCGACGCCUCAGCAGUCCUACAGCGAAGCUGAAUUCUCCAGCAGCUCCGGUUCUGAUAUGCAGUGGCAACCAGAGGAUGAUUCCACUGAUUCCGAUUUUUCGGUUUCGAACAAUAAUCAGAAAUCUGACAAGAACAGCAGCGGUGACACAAGGAAACCCUCCAACAGCAGUGAAAUAAACCCCUCUGUUGGGAUAUCACCAACUUCUGCCCACUGCUCUCAUGAAACUACGAACAUCCAUCCUAACUUACCGCAGGAUGAAGUGAAAGUGGACAUGAUGGUCUUGGCCAGGAAGAAACGCAUGAAGUGGCAGCGUGGGAAAAUAGUGGAGAUAAUUUCAAAAGAAGAUGGACGGUUAAAGUACAAAGUUAGCUUUGAAGAAAAGGGGAAGAUUCUAGUAUCCGGUCACCACAUUGCCUUUGACACCCCACCAAAGGUAGAGCAUCUUUUUGUCGGCACUCGGGUUGUUGUUCAGUGCCAGGAUAACAAGUUCCAGUUCCGGCCUGGUGUUUUAGCCGAGCUCCCCAGCAGAAAGAACCGCUUCAGGUUCUUGGUCUUUAUGGAUGAUCACACGCCGGUCUAUGUCGGCUUACCUUUUUUUCACCUGGUUUGCAGACCGUUGGAAAACGUGUUUGACGACAUUCCCGACGGCCUUCAUAAGCAUUUCAUGAAACAGUACAUGAAGGACUGGCCGUACCCUCAUUUGACCAUAUACAGGGUUGGACAGAGCCUCAAUGCAGAAUACUUCGGAGAGCAGCAGAGGUGUGAGGUGCAGGCGAUCGACUGCAGCUUGAUACAGGUUGUUUUUCAGGCUGACCAUCACAGAGAGUGGAUCUACAGAGGCUCCAUACGCCUGGAACAUGCACAGGCUAGAUUUUUGGAACUGAGCGUGAGGAGAGAGGCCACGAAUGAGUCUGACUCUGACUAAAUAUCCACAGAAAGUGGAUGCUGUGAAAAUACUGGGAAUAGCAUUCACAACCCCCAGAAAUGUGCCAUUGCAUCUCUUUGGAAGAAGAUUGGCUUGUGAGCGUGCAAAUAAAUGACUCAAGGAUAUAAGGAGGAGAUUUAACCUGUUUGAACGGGGUGCUAAUUUUGUAAUCUUUAAUUUGCUGCACAGUUGUGCAAAGUGACUGAGUGGACCAUCGCACUGCCGAAUGAAACAAGACAUAAUUUUUCCUAGAAAACAUGCGAAUGGUGAUUUUCUUUUUCAAUUUCUAAAGAAAUGGCACUUUAUAAUUGCACAACUUUUAACAGCAAGGUUAAGCAGCUGUAUUUUUUCAACUUUUUUUUUUUUGAACAGUUAUAUGUGAAAAUGUUCAUACCCUCAUUUAUUAACUUGGCCACGAAUAGAAAUUUGUCUGAUGUGUGUUCAUUCACUUUUUUCAGUGUUGUUUUUUAUGAAUUGGGAACAAUUCAUAUGAACCUUUUUUCAUAUUUACAGAUUGAUAUGACAGUUAUGUCUCUGAUUUAUUUUGCCUUUGGUGUCUGUUAUGUUGCAUCCUUUGUCGUUCAACAAUAAAAAAUUUUUUAAAAAAAGCCUUGUAUAUAAGCUUGUCAUAUGCAAGCAAAUACCCUCUGCCUCAUUCAUUUCCUUUACUGGACUGCAUAAUUGUAAUUUAAAGAUAAAUCUGAGCUCUCACCUGCUAAAUUUACUGAUAUAAAAAUGACUGACAUAGAAGUUUAGCUAUCUAAUAUCUUUUCUACACUUUGACCUGGUCACACUAGUUAAAUAAAUACCUUUUAAUACAUAUCAGGAAUGUAGCAGAGAGGAAACUUAAGGGAAAUGGAUGUAUGCAAGGUAGUGUUUCAUAUUUGCUCCUAAGUGCAAAUUUUAGACUAGUAUGAAUUAUCUGAGAAGCAAAGCACCAAACAAUUAAUUUGCUGUACUUAAAAAUGUAACUGACGAAGACUCAAAAAAGACCAAAACAAUCAGUCU